GACUUGGACCUGGCCUCCAUCUACGUGUCUGACGCUCAGUACAACAGAAACAUCUGCUUUGACCCGUCGCCUCAAGCUGUGAAACUCUACCUGCUCUACAACCACUGCGUUCCUCAGGUCUUCCUCUACGUCUUCAUCAUGGUGGAUUUGUCUCUGGCCAUCUUCGAGGAGCCGGCCGUCUUCCUCCUUCCUGUUUGGGCAACCAUGCUGGCGGAGCUGCUCUGUCUGCUCGUCUUCACCCUUCGUCUCGUCCACUACGCCAAAGUCAUCCCACGAGAAAAGUUCUGGAAAGACCCCAAAAACAUCGCCAUCAUGGCCAUCGUCAUGCUGACUCUGGUGGAUAUGAUCAUCUACGGAGGUCUGAAAGCUGCUAACUGCUACUCAGUGCGCUGGUCCAGAGUCCUGCGGCCGCUCCUAUUGGUCAACGUCACAGAAGGACGACAGCUCCGCCGGGCGUUCAGAAGCAUCCGGAACGCUCUGCCUCAGAUCUUCUACGUCUUCCUGCUCUUCAUGUUCAGCGUCCUCAUCUUCUCCCUCAUGGCCCUCAAGCUGCUCGGCAAACGAGGUCUGAAGACCAUCCACGGAGCUCCGUACUUCACGAACUAUCUGGACAUCGUGUUCGAUCUUUACGUCCUCGUCACGACGGCCAACAGCCCCGACAUCAUGAUGCCCGCGUACAACGCCAGCCUCUUCUUCGCCUUCUUCUUCAUCAUUUACAUCCUCAUCAACACCUACAUCUUCAUGUCCGUCUUCUUGGCCGUCGUAUUCAACAACUACAAAAAAUACCUCAAGGAGGAGGUACGGCAGCUGGUCAGGGCCAAAAGGCAGAAGAUGGUGCGAGCGUUCGCCGUGCUGCAGGAGCAGAAGGAGGAAGGAGGCGAGCAGGUGGUGAGUCAGGCCAGCUGGAGCCAAGUGGUCAAACUGGUGCAGCCGGACAUCAGCGACGCUCACAGAGAGCUGCUGUGGAGCGUCUCUGACGACAAGAGCCAGGGAUUCAUCGGUAAAGUGGCGUUCGUCCAGUUGGCCGACAUGCUGAACAUCGAGGUCAUCACGCUCAAGGCGAGGCCACACCCCCUCAACACUUUAUGCCCCGCCUUCUACCUGUCAGCGCCGAGCCGCCUCCUCUGCCGAAUGGUCCAACACCGAGCGUUCGUGAUCGUGUAUGACCUCAUCAUCCUGGCGAACGCCGUGUUCAUCGGUCUGGACGAGGAGAAUCCGAUGAUCGCUAACUCGGAGUGGGUCUUCCUGGCGCUCUACCUGCUGGAGAUCCUGCUGAAGCUCUACGUCUUCGAGCCCCGGGCCUUCUUCUCCAGACACAGUUUCUGGAACUGGUUUGACACCAUCAUCGUCGUAGCAGCGCUCAUCGCCACCAUCAUCAACUCAGCCAUGAAGUCAUGUGACGGCGGUUACACCAGCAGACAGAUCCUGGACAUCGUCUUCAUCCUGAGAGUCCUCCGACUGAUCCGAGUGGUGGACAGCAUCAAGAG